GGUUCAGGGAAACAGGAAAACUGAUGCAAGGAAAUAGUAUACGUCACAAGGCAGAACGCUUCAGCUAAAAGUUACCCUAUUCAAGCUCAAGCAUGGAUUCUUUGCUGAAGACCCCAAUGAAACUUGUGGUUUUAGUGGCAUGGCUUUCCAGUGUACUGGAUCCAGGAAAAUUUUCUGACAUCUGCGAAAGAUGUCAUGAAAAUGCCACAUGCAGACCUCAAAAUGGAUCAACUGGCUGUUUCUGCAACAAUGGAUACACUGGUGAUGGUGUACGUGCUUGCACAGAUGACGAUGAAUGCGUAAAUGUCACACAAAUCUGUGGCAAAUAUGCUAACUGUACGAACACUCAAGGCAGUUACUUCUGCACGUGUCAAUCAGGAUUCCGAUCAACUGGGCAUGCAGAGUUUCAAACCAACGAUGGUACCCACUGCGCUGACUUUGAUGAAUGUAAGGAUGUUCAGACCUGUGGACCGUUUUCUCGUUGCCAUAACACACUGGGAUCUCAUUACUGUACUUGCCAACGGGAUUACGCUUCUACAUCACAAACUCUACGGUUCCAAGUAAAGGAUGGUAUUAAAUGUGAAGAGAGUCCUAAGAAGAACUGCCAUAAGAACGACACGUGUAUCUCAAAGACCGUCAACCAAACAAUUGGAUACAUCAGCAAUAUUACAGACCCCCACAGCCGUCUGGAUGAGAUAAGGAAACAAACGUCUGGGGACCUGUCUCCUGUUGAUGUGAUUUCUUUGGUCGAGGCCCUGUCUCAGUCAGCCUCAUUGCUAAGCAUUGUCAACGACACUGGCGCUGACCAGUACAUGGAAUCUCUCACCAAUCUUACCACUGAAUUUAUGCAAACGGUAAACAAUCUUGUGGAAAAUGAUGAACUCCAGGCAUGGGAUAAAAUCAGGGAGGAUUAUCGGGAGAAGACCAUCACCAAACUUCUGCACACUGUGGAGCAGGCAACACUGACCAUUUCUAAAAAUUAUAAAAUGACUACUGAGGUAGAGGUAAAAACAAAUGACAUAGACCUGAAAUUAUAUACUUUUGACACUCAACAAACGAAGAGGAAAACUAUUCACGCUACAUUGGGUGGAGAUAGCAUUAAUCUCACACCUAAAAUCAACAAACAAUCCAGCAUAAAUGGGAGUGUCUCCAUAGUUUUCCUCCGGUACAGCAGUAUUGCUACCCUCUUGAAACCAAGUGACUCUCCUGGAGCAACAGAGUACGACCAGUUCGCCAGAGCAGAUGACUUCACUGUGAAUUCUCCAGUUGUAGCAGCUGCUAUAAAUCCACCACACAUCUACGAGCUUGACCAAAUACAAUUUACCCUGAGACACACUGAGGCUAUAGACCCUAAAAUUGAUGUCACAAAAUGUGCUUUCUGGGAAUACUCUGUGGCUAGGAUGACUGGUCACUGGGCCACAGAGGGUUGUGAACGCCUUUAUGUCAACAGCUCCCACACCACAUGCAGUUGCAAUCAUCUGACACACUUUGCUAUUCUGAUGUCUUCUGGACGGGAAAAUCUGUUAGCCCACAACAACAUCCUUACAAGAAUAACUCAGCUGGGAAUGAUCAUAUCUAUUAUCUGCCUUUCCAUGUGUAUCUUCACCUUCUGGUUCUUCAGUGAGAUACAGAGCACCAGGACCACAAUUCAUAAAAACCUCUGCUGUAGUCUUUUCAUGGCUGAAUUCAUCUUUCUGGUUGGAAUUAAUAUGAGCUCAAACAAACUUUUCUGUUCCAUUGUUGCUGGGCUACUGCAUUAUUUCUUUUUAGCCGCUUUUGCAUGGAUGUGCAUCGAGGGGAUCCAUCUCUAUCUGAUAGUGGUUGGUGUCAUCUACAACAAAGGUUUCCUGCAUCGCAACUUUUACAUUUUUGGAUAUGGGAGCCCAGCAGUGGUAGUUGCAAUCUCGGCAACUCUUGGCUACAAAUACUAUGGUACCAAUAAAGAGUGUUGGUUAAGUACAGAGAACAAUUUUAUAUGGAGUUUCAUUGGGCCUGCUUGUUUAAUCAUCCUGGUUAAUCUCCUGGCUUUUGGGGUGAUCAUUUAUAAGGUGUAUCGUCAUACAGCAGUAAAGAAGCCAGAAAUCAGUCACUAUGAAAAUAUACGGUCUUGCGCACGAGGUGCCCUUGCCCUUCUGUUUGUCCUCGGUGCCACCUGGACCUUUGGGAUCCUUCACAUCCUCAAUGGGACCACUCUCACAGCCUAUCUCUUCACAAUCGCCAAUGCCUUCCAAGGGAUGUUCAUCUUCAUCUUCCUCUGUGUCUUAUCCAGAAAGAUACAAGAGGAGUACUACAGACUGUUCAAAAAUGUGCCAUGUUGCUUUGACUGCCUCAGAUAAACCCAGCAGUACGGCCAAAGAGGAAAAGGUUCACAAGAUUAUCUGUCAUCUCUUCAAUUGCUUAUCCCUACAUUUUCCAUUCAAAUAAUUUCCCAAAGAAAAUAUGGCAAAGCUCUCUUCAGCAUGGCACUGCUUUCUAGGCUGUCCUGUAAAAAAUUAAUAAUUAUGUUGCAAUACAUUUGUUACAGAUUUUGUGAAGAAGUCUUAAGAUUUUUUUCUAUUUUUAUAUUAUUUAAUAUAAAUCAAAUAUAUAGAUUAUCAAUAUUAUUUUAAGUCACUAAAAAUGGAAUUUGUAGUUAAACAAUGAAAAUUUCCUUGAAUGUUUUCAUAAAUAUGCAUUGUUUUUAUCUCCUGUGGGACAUGUGCUUAAUUUCACUAUAAUGUAACAGAAAACUAUUGCUGAGGUAAAUCACUGAACUAGCCAUAUGAAUUUUCACUUACCCUUGCAGUUUUGUUUUUUAUAAUACAUUAGUUUUAUCAUUUUUUGGGAUUUCAGUGUAAUAUUUUAACUUUAACAUGUCUUCUAAAAGUGUUGAGACACCAUGACAUAUUUAUAUAAAGGGACAAUUACUUCAUACAGUCAUUAUUAAAUGAGGAUUUUAAGGGAGCGUUGUUUAAGUAUUCAUCCCCAGCAAUGCAUGGAGCGGGUAAUUUUGGACAAUGUUCUCCCACAGAAAUUAUUUUUGUUGUGUGUAGUAACUGCUAUUUUAGUAACAUAGUAACAUACUUUAAGCUGAUGCAUAAAGUUUAUACAGCAAACAAAAGUCUGUACAGAUAUUAUUGCAAACAUACCUGCAGGUGAGAAACUCACAAGAGCAACAUUAUUGUAUUGCUUUCAGAAAAUUAGGAUGGUUUACAUCCUGUUGGUCUAGACUUUAAAGCACAAAUAUCAGUAAGCUUUGUAUACUGUUAAAUAAUCCUUUUUUCACAAUUAAUGUUUUAACAAUGAAUGGGGACCUCUGAUAGAAUUCACAUUUUGUGUUUUAAAACCAUAUAUCUGUGUGAACAUUAUCUGCAUUCCCCAUGUGAUUUUUAUAAAUUAAGGAGUAUAAAAGUUGUCUGCUAAAUAAAAUAAAAUGUUUUAAGUGA